GAAAUGACCAAUCAGAUUAGCGCUACGUCUUACGCUAGCUAGCGUGCUUACUAGCCAGUUAGUUGUCAACCUAGCUCCAGCUGUAAGGCAGCAGCGGCAGGGAAGCAGAACAGGUGAUGUUCAGGGUUAAAAUGUGCUGGAGCCGGGUUCUUCUCACCGGUUGGGUUCUACUGGUGCAGCUGCAGUGUUUACAGGCAGUUCCUAUUGGGAUCGAUAAGACUAAAAUCAAAGAGCCAGAGAAAACCACGGACGGGCCACCAGUGAGUACGGACACCGGACUGCACUAUGACCGCUAUCUCAGAGAAGUCAUUGAUUUUCUUGAGAAAGAUCAGCAUUUCAGAGAAAAGCUCCACAACACAGACAUGGAGGACAUUAAGCAAGGUAAGCUGGCAAAGGAGCUGGACUUUGUCAGCCAUCAUGUCCGAACAAAACUUGAUGAGCUAAAGCGGCAGGAAGUAAACCGACUGCGGACGUUGAUUAAGGCCAAACAAGACCUAGAGGGAGGAAAUGACAUCGCAGUGGACCACCAAGCUCUCCUAAAGCAGUUUGAGCACCUGAACCACAUGAACCCACACACGUUUGAAGUUGAAGACUUGGAUCGGCUCAUUAAAUCGGCCACAAAGGAUCUGGAGAACUAUGACAAAGAAAGACAUGAGGACUUCAAGAAGUACGAGAUGAUGAAGGAGCAUGACAGACAAGAGCAUCUGAAAACCCUGGAUGAAGGCGAGCGGAAGAAAGAGGAGGAGCACUAUGAGGAAAUGAGGAAGAAACACGCUGAUCAUCCUAAAGUCAACCACCCAGGCAGCCAGAAUCAACUAAAGGAGGUGUGGGAGGAAGCUGAUGGCUUAGAUCCUGAUGAUUUUGACGCAAAAACCUUUUUCAACUUGCAUGAUACAAACGGAGACGGAUUCUUUGAUGAACAAGAGCUCGAGGCAUUGUUCACCAAAGAGCUGGAAAAAAUAUAUGACCCCACUAAUGAAGAGGACGAUAUGGUGGAGAUGGAAGAAGAGCGGUUGCGCAUGAGAGAGCAUGUUAUGAAUGAGGUGGACUCCAACAAAGACCGGUUGGUUUCUAUGGAUGAGUUCCUGGUUGCUACAAAGAAGAAAGAGUUUCUGGAGCCGGACAGCUGGGAGACUUUGGAGCAGAACCAGGCCUAUACAGACGAGGAGAUGAAGGAGUUCGAGGAGCAUCUCGCUCAGCAAGAGCAGGACCUCAGUCAAAGAGCUGAUGACCUGCAAAAGCAGAGAGAUGAGCUGCAGAGGCAGCAGGAGCAGCUUAACGCACAGAAAAUAGAACUCCAGCAGGCUGUGGAACAUAUGGAACGCCUCAAGUCGCAGAAUGCAGCGCCCCCUCCAGAGGUUCACAUUGAAGGAAACCCCAUCUCAGAGAUGCAUGCAGUUGACAACCAGCAGCACAUUGCUCCAGGUGCUCAUCAAGACACGUACCAACCUCCUCAAGAUGAUUACCAGGGACUUCGUACGCAGGAGGAGCACCACGCUCCGCAGGAGGAGCACCACGCUCCGCAGGAGGAGCACCACGCUCCGCAGGAGGAGCACCACGCUCCGCAGGAGGAGCACCACGCUCAGCAGGAGGAGCAGCAUGUACAGCAACAUCAAGACUUACCUGAGCAGAUUCAUCACAAUGCACAACCAGGACAUCAUGAAGUUGCACACGACCAGAUUAUCCUGCCGUAACAAUGCUGUCAAGAAAUCAACACAAGACUUUGGCUGCACUUGCAAAGGAGAAGUCCCUCCUGGGCUUGAAACCACUUUAACCAGUGCAACCAGCAUACAGGUUUUUCAGUACAGGGCGACACAAAAAAAUCUUACGUUUUUAUUAUGAGGAAACAUCUGAUUACCUAAGGGAAUUAAACAUUUUUAAAACAACCUGCUGCAGACAUAUUUAUCAGAUUAUGCAUAGAAAAUACAAAGAAAUGGCUGUAAUGAUGAUGAUGAUGAUGAUUCUGGAUUGUUUAUUACUGAACGUCUAAAUGUGUCCAGCUGCUGUUUACAGAAACCUGACAGGGUUUUAUUUAAGAGGUUGUCAGAUUUGUGCAGCGUGCUUUUUGAGGUUAAGUUCUAAGAAAUCGUUGUCAAUUUUAGCCUUACGUUGAUUUUUUUAUUCCAGGGCAGGACCGUUUUAAGUUAAAGGUGGACUUUUUAGAUAAAUGACGCACAUCACUAGUUUAGCAGUGUGUUUCUCCUAGUGUUCUCUGUUUUGGAAGCUAAAAGCAAGCGGCAGUAUGACGUUUAUUUUUUUUUCUUUUAGUUCAAAAGAUACACAAAAUAUUUAAAAAAAAUCAUAUAUUGAAUUUACAUACUGUACUAUAAAUCUUUGUUUUAGACAGAAAAAAACUAUUUGAUGCAGCUAAGUACAUUAACUGGCAAUUCGAUCUAAAAAAAUAAUCUUUUGUUAGACUAAGUGGGUAAAUGAUAAAGUAAAAAAUAUGUGCUCUAGUCUAAACAGACCCACCUUUUGUUGCUGCAGCUGCUCUCCACUGGCCUAUUAAUGGUGCUAAUUAAGAAAGAAUUAGUAAAAAACAUUUUGUUCAUUUGAUUAAAUGCUUUGUGGAUGAUUUUUUGCUAAACAAAUGCUCAAAGCAUCUAUUUAAAAAUAUAGGUGGCGACACACGAGUCAUGUUAUAAAGUUAAACUUACAAAAAUAGUUUUUAAGUGAGGUUCAUUUAAAUAAGUCAUUUUUCAUACUUUGGAUCAUUUUUAAAAAGUAAUUUUAGUUAAAUUUUACCAUUUUAAUUGGGAAGCAAUGCAUGAUUUGACUACAGCCUAGGUCAGGUGUGUCCAAACCUUUUAAGACAAAGGCCAAGAUUAUCAAGGUGAAACUCCUCAUAGGCCACAAAAAUAGGAUUUUUUUAUUUUAACAAGCAAAAAAUGUAGAAUUGUAUUUGUACUGUUCCUAAAAAGGCCUACAAUGGACAUAUAGGUGAAAAUCAUAUGAUUAAAAAUGUCUUAUCUUCAUCAAAACAGCCUGCUGGAGAGACAAAAUGAAGUAAACAGAUAUUUUAUCGCUACAUUCUACUGGAGAAGCUACCUGCGCCACAGAGGACCUCUCCCAUGGGAGUCUUCUGGUACUUUUGUCUACAAAACUUUCAAUUUGCCGACUCGUGUUCUCUGUGUGGUCGUCUGGAGUGAUGCUUUAUGAUUUGCACAAAAUGUUUGGGUGGGCUUGCUGCUGAAUACAAGUCAUUGGAUACCUUAAACCUCAAGAUAAUAAAAAGCGUUUACCUUUU